AUGGAGGAAGUGGAAAAGAAAUGGGAAGUUGCGGGGACUCGUGGCCGCAAUAAAUGGAAGGCUGCGGCCGACCUGUCGGCCGCCUGCCAAUAUACCUCUGUCCAUGCCAACCCUCAAGGUCCUCGAGAUGCUCGGCCAACGGCCGCGCAAAUCGUCCAAGACGAGAAACUGGUAAAUCGGCUCAUCGGAAGAGUGAUUGUCAUUACCGGUGCAACAGCCGGAAUUGGUCUCGAGACAGCACGUGCGUUGAUCAUCACAGGUGCAACUUUGUUCUUGACCGUCCGUGAUUUGGAAAAGGCCAAGACGACCCUGCACGAUCUUUUGAUGUCAGAUCAAGUACACUUAGUCAAGAUGGACAAUUUUUCGAUUUCAAGCGUCCGAGAUGCAGCAGACGACAUUCUCGAAAAAUCCAAUAAUCAAGUCAAUAUCCUGAUCAUCAACGCCGGUGUGAUGGGAAUUCCUAAUCUGGAACAAACAGAGGAGGGAUUUGAAUCUCAUUUUGUUACCAACUAUCUGAGUCAUUUUCUAUACUUUCAGCUUCUCAAACCUGCGUUGCUAGCUAGCGCAACGCCUGAGUUCUCCUCUAGGGUUGUGAACGUCUCCUCGUCAGCCCAUCGUUCCGUGGAGCUUAGUGCUAGCGACAACUACAAUUUUGAGAAGGGAAACUAUGAUGCUGGAGUGGCAUAUGCACAGUCAAAGCUGGCAAGUAUCUAUAUGGCCAAUGAGAUCGAUCGACGUUACGGUCACAGGGGUCUCCGCGCGACGAGUCUACACCCCGGUGCUAUCGGUGGUACAAACAUCUCCAGGAACGUGAGCCCCGAAUUCGUAGCACGGGUCUAUGAGACACUGAAAGAUAUCAUGCAUACCAUGAAGAGUCCCGAACAGGGAGCCGCUACCACGUUAGUUGCCGCGAUCGGUAAAGAAUGGGAGAACAAGGGAGGGAAGUAUCUGGAGGACUGUGAGGAAGCCAAGCGAGGUGCUGAUGAUCAGAAUGUGUUUGGGAUAGGAUGGGUACGACAGACGUAUAAUGCCGAGAAUGAAGCACGGUUGUGGAAGGACUCAUUGGAGAUGCUGGGACUGAAAGAUGACUUGUAG